CCUGUACUGUGUCCGCAGUCUCUGGUCAUCUCCUGUACUGUGUCUGCAGUCUCUGGUCAUCCCCUGUACCGUGUCCACAGUCUCUGGUCAUUCCCUGUACUGUGUCCGCAGUCUCUGGUCAUCUCCUGUCCUAUGUCCGCAGUCUCUGGUAAUCUCCUGUCCUAUGUCCGCAGUCUCUGGUCAUCUUCUUUACUGUGCCCGCAGUCUCUGGUCAUCUCCUGUACUGUCUGCAGUCUCUGGUCAUCCCCUGCACUGUCUGCAGUCUCUGUCAUCUCCUGUCCUAUGUCCGCAGUCUCUGGUCAUCUCCUGUCCUAUGUCCUCAGUCUCUGGUCAUCUCCUGUACUGUGUCCGCAGUCUCUGGUCAUCUCCUGUACUGUGUCCGCAGUCUCUGGUCAUCUCUUGUACUAUGUCCGCAGUCUCCGGUCAUCCCCUGUACUGUCCCCGCAGUCUCUGGUCAUCUCC